AUGGAUCCUUCACAGAGGAAUCUCUACAAAGAUGUGAUGCUGGAGACCUGUAUGAACCUCACUGCUAUAGGCUACAACUGGGAAGAUCUUGAAGUUGAAGAACAUUGUCAAAAUUCUCGAAAACAUGGAAGGCGUGAAAGAAGUCAUACUACAGAAAAAUCAUCUGAACACACUCAGUGUGGUCAAGUCUUUGUACAUCACAGUCAUCCUCCAAGGUAUAAAGAAAUACAUACUGGAGACCAACACUAUGAAUAUAAUCAAUAUGGUAAAGUCUUUGCAUACUCCACUCAUAUUCAAGUACAUAAAAGAACACAUGCUGGAGAGAAACCCUAUGAAUGUAAUCAGUGUGGGAAAGCUUUUGCUUAUCACAAUCAUCUUCAAGGGCAUGAAAGAACACAUACUGGAGAGAAACCCUAUGAAUGUAAUCAGUGUUGUAAAUCCUUUGCUUAUCACAAUACUCUUCAAAGGCAUAAAAGAACACAUACAGGAAAGAAACCCUAUGAAUGUAAUCAGUGUGAUAAAGCUUUUACUCCUUUUGCUCAUCACAGUACUCUUCAAUUGCAUGAAAGAACACAUACUGGAGAGAAACCCUAUGAAUGUAAUCAGUGUUGUAAAUCAUUUGCUUAUCACAAUACUCUUCAAAGGCAUAAAAGAACACAUACAGGAAAGAAACCCUAUGAAUGUAAUCAGUGUGAUAAAGCUUUUACUCGUCACAGUACUCUUCAAUUGCAUGAAAGAACACAUACUGGAGAGAAACCCUAUGAAUGUCAUCAGUGUGAUAAAGCAUUUGCUCGUCAUAGUUAUCUUCAAGGGCAUGAAAGAACACAUACAGGAAAGAAACCCUAUGAAUGUAAUCAGUGUGAUAAAGCUUUUACUCGUCACAGUACUCUUCAAUUGCAUGAAAGAACACAUACUGGAGAGAAACCCUAUGAAUGUCAUCAGUGUGAUAAAGCUUUUGCUGGUCAUAGUGAUCUUCAAAGGCAUGAAAGAACACAUACUGGAGAGAAACCCUAUGAAUGUAAUCAGUGUGGUAAAGCUUUUGCUCGUCACAGUACUCUUCAAUUGCAUGAAAGAACACAUACUGGAGAGAAACCCCAUGAAUGCAAUCAGUGUGGUAAAUCUUUUGCUUAUCACAGUAAUCUUCGAGUACAUGAAAGAAUACAUACUGGAGAGAAACCCUAUCAAUGUAAUCAGUGUUGUAAGUCCUUUGCUGAUCACAAUGCUCUUCAAAGGCAUAAAAGAACACAUACUGGAGAGAAACCCUAUGAAUGUAAUCAGUGUGAUAAAGCUUUUGCUCGUCACAGUACUCUUCAAUUGCAUGAAAGAACACAUACUGGAGAGAAACCCUAUGAAUGUAAUCAAUGUGGUAAAGCUUUUGAUCGUCACAGUACUCUUCAAUUGCAUGAAAGAACACACACUGGAGAGAAACCCUAGGAAUGUAAUCAGUGUCAGAAAGCGUUUGCUCGUCAUAGUUAUCUUCAAAGGCAUGAAAGAACACAUAAUGGAGAGAAACCCUAUGAAUGUAAUCAGUGUUGUAAAGCUUUUACUUAUCACAGACA